CAUAAUCCAGGUUGUCCAUUGCCAAAUAAGCAACGUCUGAUCAUCGAGUCGUCAUCAUGUUAUUCUCUCCUAUUCUUGUCCUCUGCCUCGUGCUGCACAUUGGAAUCGCAGCUUCGGCUGACUCCUGUUCCGGGAGGUGCAACUCGGGCGUCGAUUCUUCGAAGAGCUGCCAAUGUAACAGUGCUUGCGAGACCUACGGGGACUGCUGCACAGACUACCAAUCUGAAUGUCUCGGUGGGGCAUAUUCGUGUAACUCGAGGUGUGGCGAAUCCUACAACUCAGGCAACCCCUGCCAUUGCAACGAUUUAUGUUCGCAAUACAGCAACUGCUGCACAGACUACGACAGCCAAUGCUCGGGUGGGGUAGAUCCGGGGGUAGAUUCGUGUAGCUCGCGGUGUGGCGAAUCCUACAACGCAGCCAACCCCUGCCAUUGCAACGAUCAAUGUACGCAGUACAGCAACUGCUGCACAGACUACGACAGCUUGUGCUCGGGUGGAGGAAACCCCGGAGAAACCCUUUCAUCCCUGGCUGAGGCAUUGUGGGAAGCUGAUGACAAUGGUAUCGGCGGUUCCGACCUGGUCUUCAACAGACAAGCAUACCUGAGCAACUACGCGGCACGAAACGAUUUGUCCUCGCAGCCUCUCUUUACCUACGUCAACCCUGCCAAGCUGGAUACCGGAACAUGGCCGACGUUCAGGGCUCUCCUCGACAACUACAUCCGGUUCACCGGCAGCUCCGAUACCAACACCGCUAAUGAGGAGCGAGAGAUCGAAAACUUCCUCGACGAGGUAUUCAAUACCAGGGUCAUGGACUUGACGUAUGAUUACUUGUUCAAUAAAGGUUACUUUUCGUCACUGUCGGCAUUCAGGAGCUACGUCAAGGACAUCUGGUUCACGUCCUACACCCGGUCCGGCGGCGUCCUCGACUCGUCCGCCUUCGAGCACACGUUCGUCGGCGAGGUCAAGAACGGCAAGGUCAGCGGCUACCAUAACUGGCUGGCCUUCUACGAGGACGAGCUCGAAGGAAAUGUCAACUACUACGGUUACACCAGCGACAACGAGCCCAACCAAAUUCUGAUGCAGUUCCGUCUUGACGAUAAUGGUUCCUCGUAUUACAAGGAGCUGGCCUCCAUCAUCUACGGAGCCAGUCCCGAGUUCGAACUAGCCAUCUUCACGGUUUGUUUCAAGGAGAACCCUAAUGCUCUGAGUACCUUCACCAUGGCCGGUGGGAUAACACAGAAAGUACAGACAUGGGACUACAAUGGAGGAUACAUCGGAUCCGCCUACUUCAGCGUCUAAAAAUGGCGUUUACAAUCUAUCCUUUGGCUGUCUUGUCAUUGGAUAUUAUUCCCCUUAUCCUAUUAUUCCAUUCAAUCAAAUUCCAUUAUAUAUCAAUAUCUGUGGCCUCGCACAGAAGGAACAUAUACUUGGGUUACUCAUUCUCUCGCUGUUUCAGGAGGCACUCGUUCUUCCUAAGAUACAACAAAUGAUAUAAACAUAUAUUAACAUUUAUAAACAUAUAUAUCAUAUAUAAACACAUAAUAAUCAUGCGUUUAUAUAUGUUUAUUAAUAUAUAAACGUAAAUAUAAACAUGAUUAUAUAAUUAAUCGUGAUGGUCGAAAUUCAGUCAUCAGUUUUACUAAUUUUUCAAAUAUAUUGGUCAUUGAAUAUGUAAUAAAAAGCAAAACCUAUCAUGUAAAUUAUUCUGUUCCACAUGAUCUGAAAUUAAAGCAUCCUUGCUGAAAAGAAUACAUGA